GGAAAUCCCAGUGCUGAAGAUUGUAUCAAAGAAAUCAAAGUAACCAGUUUUGCAACUCAAAGAUCUGGUAUUUUGUCAGUAUUUUCAAAUCUUUUUUUACAUCCAAUAUCCUAGUCCCAAAAUUUUAAGUUUACAUUGAAUAUGACUACAAAUACGUCUGUCAGCGUCGAGCAAGAAUUCGAAGAAGUGUCACUCAGUGAAGAAUCCCAACGACAGAGAAGCAGCACGGAUUCGAUUGCAUGUCGUAUUUGCCAAAGCGCAACGGAAAAGUCUCGUUUAAUCUCGCCCUGCCUAUGCAAAGGAUCGCUUCGCUACGUACAUCGGGACUGCCUGGAGCACUGGCUAAGCCGGUCCGGACUUACACACUGUGAGCUGUGUUUACAUAGGUUUCAAACGUACACGACGCUAAGGUACGGCUGCAUGGAGUCCUUGUGCGUUUGGUACCGUCAUCCGAGCAAUCGUGGCCUGCUGGUGUCGGACGCACUGAUUUAUGCCGUCCUGUCAUUCAUCUGCUUCAUCCUGACAAUGAUCUGCAUUCUGGUGCUCCGAUUCCAGAGUACCCAUGGCAACACGCUUCAAGAGACCCUUGCCUCGACGGCCAUUGUUUGCUUUCUGCUGCUGGUGCUAAUUGUGUACCUAACCAACCUCUUCGUUCUGGCAAAGGAUCACAUCAUCCCCUGGUAUAGGUGGUGGAGGUCAUCCCGAAGGAUACGGCUUUCGGAAAUUACCCUGGAAGAAUCCAGCAGCACGUCGUUAGUGGUUUAAGGUGACACAAUGAAAAGACUGCCAAAAAUUUCCAGCCACUCCGGAUCUGCACAAUACCCCCAACUUGCACCACUCUGGGUCACCGACCGCAGACAUACCUCUGUCCAUACCUUGGUGGCAAAUGAUCAGCGGGCGGUUGUUGGUUGCAAAGUAAAAAAAUGGUACAAAACGCAUUUCACUACCGCUGACGAGCCAAACAUUCUUCCUUGGUUUGCGCUUCCGUCCGAGGUUGACGGACGGGAGACGGACUUUUUAAGCUGGGCUCAUAGAUUUGGUUUUGUGGAAACGACAGCGCCGGUGAUGGAAUUUGAAUUUCAAAUUAAUUGUCGUGUCCGACGGGAGAUCGCAAACGCAAACAGAAGCAGCCGAGAUUUGAAGGGAAAGAACUUUUACAAGCCGAACCAUUCACACGUCUGCUGGUUGAAUAGAAAAAAGAAAUACGAC